GCCUUGAGAAACCCACACCAAAAGUAGCUAGCCUCCACCCACCAUCAUAUAUUCAUAUCUCCCUCUUCUUCUCGAGAAUGGUGAUGCAGAAGGGAUUAUCUAUGAAUGCAAGGAUUGUUGGGAGUGGGAAGCAGACACUAGUUCUGGCACAUGGCUAUGGGGCAGACCAGUCUGUGUGGGAGAAAGUUGUGCCAAAACUGGGGGAGAGAUACCAACUUCUCCUGUUUGAUUGGUGCUUUUCUGGUGCCAUAAAAGACAGGAGUCUCUUUGAUGGUGUGAAGUACUCUUGCUAUGAAGCUUUUGCUGAUGACUUGAUUGGGCUUCUUGAAGAGCUGAACUUGAAAUCCUGUGUGUUCAUUGGCCACUCCAUGUCUGGCAUGAUUGGCUGCAUAGCUUCUGUUAAAAGACCUGACCUUUUCACUAAACUCAUCCUUGUUGCCUCCUCUCCCAGAUUCAUAAACCUUGAAGACUACGAAGGGGGUUUCGAUAUAUCCUACGUUGAUGAAAUGUUCGCCGACAUGGAAACAAACUACGAGCAAUGGUGCUCGGCGUUUGCGGCGAUGGUGGUGGACCCGUCGGACCCUCCGUCGGUGGAGAAGUUAGCGAAAUGCCUGAAGAGAAUGGGGGUGGAGAUCGGGCUGCCGUUGGCCAAAACCGUGUUCUUGAGCGACCACCGGAGCGUUCUCGACAAGGUUGUCGCUCCGGUCACCUUAGUCCACACGAAACGCGACCUCGUCGUUCCGCCGUCGGUCGUCACCUUCAUGCACAGCCGGAUCAAGGGCGAAUCGGCGGUGGAGAUUGUGAACACCGAAGGGCAUUUCCCGCAGCUCACGGCGCAUGAAGAAUUUCUUGAGGUUGUUUUCGCAGCCUUGGGUUGAAAAGAUCGAAUGAAAUUUGUGUGACAAGACAAAAAAAUCAAACGAUCGAUAUAUAUAGUUUUGUUUGUUGUUAUUAAUUAUUAUCUCUCUCUCUCUCUUUCUGAUCUGAUCUCUAUUUUGGGUAGUGGAAAUGAAGUGAAGUGGUAUGUAUUUGUGGUUGUUAUAGUCUAGCAAAGUAGUAUUUUGUCUUGGUUAUAGUUAAUUGGUUGGUUGUAUGCAUUGUCUAUCUUGGUUGUAAAUUUGUUCUAGUGUUUGUGAUUUGAUAAACCUUAUACAUUAUUUUCCAAGAGUUUA